AUGGUGAUGCUACGGUUGACCGCGGAGCAGUACAGGAAGCUCCCCAUCCUGGUAGACGAGUCGUCCUGCGUGGGAAAGACCUAUGUCAUCACCGGAGGCAAUUCCGGCUUGGGCCUGGAAACUGCGCGGCACCUCGUUGCUUCCUCCGCCGCGACGGUUGUUCUGGCCGUGAGAAACCUCAGCGCUGGAGAAACGGCCAAGGCAGACAUUGAGAAGUCGACGGGACGCAAGGGCGUCGUACAGGAGCUGGACAGGAUUGAUGGCUUCGUUUGCAACGCCGGCAUCAUGAUUGACCAGUGGGAGACUUUUGAAGGCGUCGAGAGCAGCAUCUUUGUCAACGUCGUCAACACCUUGUUCCUCGGAUCCUUGAUGAUGCCCAAGCUGAUCGAGAGCGCUCGUAAGUUCAGCAUCAAGCCAACGCUCGUCUUCAUCGUCAGUGUAUUGGGAUACACCGUCAAGGCGGAAAUGGACAAGAGCCGCAAUGGGAGCGUCUUUGACGGGCUCAACGACCAGAAGCGCGCAAACAUGGACUCAAGGUACGCUCUUACAAAGCUCGUUGAGGAAUGUGCUGUUCGUCAAUUUGCGGCCCAGUUUCCCGUAGAUCGUACGGGUGUGGUCAUUACCAUGGUCGCCCCUGGCCUUUGCACCACCGGACUGGGGCGUGAUGCAAGGACAUUCACCAAGAUCAUGCAUGAGGCGGUCCGGGCCAUGAUGGCACGCACAGCGGAGGUGGGAAGUCGUACCAUCCUGCACGGACUGGUGGUCGGCGAGGAGGGUCACGGAAAACUUCUUUCGGGCUGCAAAAUCAAGGAGUUCUGGGUGCCGGACUGGGUUAGCAACGAUGAGGGCCAGCGCUUACAGAAGACGAUAUGGAAGGAACUCGUUGCCAAGCUAGAACAGGUGCAGCCUGGAUGCAUUUCUCAGAUUUCGUAG